ACAGUUGUAAAAUUUUAUUGAAAUCUUAUCAGUAAAUAUAAAUCUUUUUUUUUUAUAUCAGUAAAUAACAACGAGAUAUAAAUUAUAUUUUUAAAUAAUGACGGAAGAUUUAGAUGUACUUGGAAUCGUUGGUUUUAAUGGUGUAACAAAGCAUGGAUUACAAAUACAUCCAGAUCAACGACACAUUAUUUAUUCAAUGGGAAAUAAAAUAACAAUAAAAUAUCUUGAUAGUGAUAAGCAAGAUUUUCUUAAUGGUCAUACAAAUGUCAUAACAACACUUUGUAUAUCAUCUUGUGGUAAUUUCAUUGCAUCUGGACAAAUAACUCAUCCUGGUUUUAAAGCCGCUGUAAUGAUAUGGGAUUUUAAUACAAAAAAAUUACGAGCAUCUUAUGAAAUACAUAAAGUAAAAGUUCAAGAUAUUUGUUUUACAUCAAAUGGAAAUUAUUUGAUAAGUCUAGGUGGUAAAGAUGAUGGUAAUAUUAUUGUUUAUGAUGUUCAUAAUAAUUUAGCAAUAUGUGGUGCAUAUGGAAGCACUGAAAUAUCUGGUAAUGCAAUGACAAUUGCACCAAUGAAUUUACACAAUAAUUGUUUUUUAUCUGGUGGUGAAUGUACAUUAAAGCUAUGGCAAUUUAAUAAUGAAAAAAAAAAAUUAACAAGUACAAAUGUUAGAGUUGGUAAAUUACGUAGAACAAUAAAUUGUUUGUCAAUUGAUGAUAAAGAUAAUGAAGCAUUUUGUGGUACAUCAACUGGUGAUAUCAUAAGAAUAAAACUUAAUUUUAGUAAUGAUUUGACAAAUAACGAAACGGUACAGCCACCAGUUAUGAUUGGUUGUUAUUCAAAAAUAUCAAAUGAUCCUAAAAAACUAAAAUGUGGUGAUGGUGAUUUGUUUACUGGUGGUAUAUCAAGAAUUAUAAUAUUGGGUAGUAAAAAAAUUAUUGUUGCAACUGGUGAUGGAAUUAUUGAACUUGUUGAUGUUCUUGAAAAUCCAAGUGUUGUAUCAAAAUCACCAGUUAAAUUACCAACAACACCACAACUUAAAAUGAUUAAACAAACAAGUGUACGUGGAGCAGUAACAUCAUUAAUAAGAUAUGAAAAAAAUUGUUUUAUUGUUGGUACAUCAUUUUGUGAAAUUUAUAAAAUUGGAAUUAAUUAUUUUGAUGCUCAUGUUGUUAUAACAUGUCAUAUUGAUGCUGUAUAUGACAUUGCAUUUCCUCAUAAUUAUCCAGAAAUAUUUGCAACAGGAAGUAAAAAUGAUAUACGUCUUUGGCAAUUAAAAUCACACAAAGAAUUGCUACGUAUAACUGUACCAAAUUUUUCUUGUACGAGUUUGUGUUUUUCUUAUGAUGGAAAGUUGAUAUUAUCAGCUUGGAAUGAUGGUAUUGUCAGGGCAUUUAAACCACAAAGUGGACAAUUGUUUUUUUCUAUUGAAAAUUGUCAUGUUAAAGCUGUAUCAGCAAUUUGUAUUACAAAAAAUGGUAAAACACUUGUUACUGGUGGUUGUGAUGGACAAAUAAGAAUGUGGCAAUUAUCAAGAGAUGUUCAACGUCUUAAAGCAUUUUUUAAAGAACAAAGAGGACCAAUAACAUCAUUACAUUCAUCAAUAAAUGAUGAUGAAGUUGUCAGUUCUAGUACUGAUGGUACAUGUAUUAUUUGGGAUAUAAAUGAGUGUGUAAGGAAACAAGUAUUCAUGGCAAAUACACAACAUAUGGAUGUAAAAUUUUCUCCAAAUGGUCUUCAAAUAUUAAGUUGUGGUACUGAUAGAAAAAUAUCAUAUUGGGAAAUUUUUGAUGGUUCACUUUUACGUGAAGUUGAAGGCUCAAAAGUUGGUUCAAUAAAUUGUCUUGAUAUAAGUCCAGAUGGUCAAUGUUUUGUAACUGGUUCAAGUGAUUGUUUAAUAAGAUUUUGGGAUUAUAAUACAGCUGAUAUAACACAUGUUGGAAAUGGACAUGCUGCAAUUAUAACGUCAUGUAAAUUUAGUCCAGAUUCAAAUUAUAUUGUUAGUGCAAGUGCUGAUGGUGCUGUUAUUAUUUGGAAAAAUCCAAUGAUUCUAAAUAUUAAUUCAGCAAAAAGUUCCAAGAGUUCUUGUCAUGAUGACAAGUCAAAUAGAUCAGUUAGAAAUGAAGAAAAUAUUGGCAAUAUGAGCAAACGAUCUAACGAUGAAGAGAGUAUCAAAACAGUUCAUUCAAGCAAAAAAUGUCCAGAAGAUUGUGAAUAUGAUCCAAUUAAAUCAGCUCAAGAAAGUUGUCGUUUACAAAAAAAUAAAGAAUUAUUAUCCUCAUGUAAUAAUGAAAAUACAAAUUGUCAAGAAAAAAAAAUUAUUCAAUCGUCAAGAUCAUCUGUUGUUAAUUUACCAGUUAAAAAACAAUCUCCAAAAAAAGAGACAGUUCUUGCGACAACAUCAUCACAAAUAUAAAAGCACAAUGAAUUGUGAAAACAAAAGUAUAAAA